UAUACACUAGCAAAGAAAGGUUAGAAAUGUUGACAAUAGGAUUGUUCUUGGUAGGAUUACUGUUGACAUACUAUAUGUACUGGAUUAACAAAUGGAGGAACCCGAAAUGCAAUGGUAUUCUGCCCCCAGGUUCCAUGGGAUUUCCUCUUAUUGGAGAGACCCUUCAGCUGUUAACUACUAGCUAUUCUCUUGAUCUUCAUCCAUUCAUCAAAAAGAGAGUUCAAAGAUAUGGACCUAUAUUCCGAAGUAACGUGGCCGGUCGACCGAUUGUAGUUUCAACUGAUCCUGAAUUCAACCAUUACAUCUUGGGUCAAGAAGAGAGAUUAGUGGAAAUAUGGUAUUUGGACACAUUUUCAAAGCUUUUUUUAAGUGAAUCAAGAAUUAAUUCUGCUGGUUAUAUUCACAAGUACAUAAGAAGCUUUUUCUUGAGUAAUUUUGGUUCGGAGAACCUUAAGGAACAGUUGCUUCCUCAAAUAGAAGAUAUGAUUAACAAAACUCUUCGCUCAUGGUCGAAUCAACCAUCAGUGGAUGUAAAAUAUUUUGCUUCUGUGGCAGUUUGCGAUUUUACAGCGAAGAUUUUCUUCAGUUAUGAUGCUGAAAAAUUACCUGAAAAGCUUAGCGAGACCUUUGCUAAAUUUAUAGAAGGUCUUAUAUCAUUUCCCUUGAAUAUUCCUGGUACUGCAUACCACCAAUGUCUUCAGGACCACCGGAAAGCCAUGAGCAUUUUGAAAAAGAUUAUUGUAGAGAGACGCAACACUGUUGAGAAGCGUGGAGCAGAUGUCCUCGAUCGGUGCCUGAAUGAUAUGGAAAAGGAGAAGUUCCUGACAGAUGAUUUUAUAUGCAUGCUUAUGUUUGGGGGUCUGUUUGCCAGCUCCGAGUCAAUUUCAUCAAUCACAACACUAAUGUUCAAGUUCCUUUCAGCCCAUCCAGAAGUAGUUCAAGAGUUGAAGGCUGAGCAUGUCAAAAUUCUCAAAAAUAAAAAAGGUUCAGAUCCCUCAUCAAUCACAUGGGAACAAUAUAAAUCAAUGACUUUUACCCAUCAGGUCAUCAACGAAACUCUUAGGCUGGGAAACGUUGUACCAGGGCUAUUGCGAAAAGCGAUUAAAGAUUUUCAAUUCAAAGGAUAUACUAUUCCUGCUAACUGGACGAUAAUGAUGGUCACUUCUGCUUGUCAAAUAAAUCCUGAUGUAUACAAGGAUCCACUUGUGUUUAAUCCCUGGCGCUGGAAGGACAUUGGCUCUGCAAUCGUGUCUAAGAAUUUCACACCUUUUGGCAAAGGAACAAGACAGUGUGCUGGAGCAGAGUUCAGUAAAGUGACAUUGUCUGUAUUCCUCCAUGUCUUGGUCACCAAAUAUAGCUGGACAAUGAUCAAGGAAGCUGAGGUUAGAAGAGAUCCUAUAUUAGGAUUCGGGGAUGGCAUACAGAUAAAACUAGUUGAGAACUAGUGAAAACAUAACUUCUCUCUAGUAACAUCUGUCAUGCGGCAAAAAUAUAAAUAUCUAAUUUCAUACUUGUGUUUGUGAUAUGAUGUCGUUGAUAUCAGAGAAUCAGUAAGCUACUUGCUACGGUGUCUUUUCACACACUUGCUAGUUGUAGGAAGAAGAAUAAAUCAGUUGCAGAAGCAGGAAAAUGGUUGAGAAGCUGUUGUGAUCUGUUGAAAAUGGUUAUUUUGUUAGAUUUUCUGUUAAGCACGUGUGGUUAAUUUGCUAGACGAUUAGCUAGUUGAAGAGUCUCUGUUAAUAGCUGAUCUGUAACCAUGGCUGUAUCUUGAACAAUUAUAUUAAUGAAAUCCCUCUUCUCUC